GGACUAUCGAAUACUAUCGAUAUUUUUCAUGAACUAUCGAUAGUAUUCGAUAGCUCUAGCCAUUCGAGAUUGAACACAAAUAUAUACAGAAGAUUAACCUAACCAUAACCCUAUUUUAUGGUUGAUAUAAAAGAAAAAUGUAAUAAAAACCGUGUAACGUGUAGUAAAGUACAAAAUAAGAGGAAAAGUGAAAAGUUAAAAAGAACGUGGUCGUGGUUCGUGGUGUUAAAUAUUUGUUGGCGCCAUUUGACACAAUUUAGUACAUAGUACAAUACAUGUUUUUUGAAUAUUUGUAACAAUGGAAAAAUUCUUGUUAAACAGAGGUAACAAUCAGAAUAAUGCUGAACCCCAACCGAGUACCUCAAAAGAAAGGUCUGAAUCCGAAGAUAACCAGGGUGAAAAAGAAGUUUCUGUGAAUGUGAAGACUUCCAGAGAAAGACAAACAACUUCUAAAACAAAAAGAAAGCGUGUGUCAGCUGUAUGGGACUAUUUCAAAUAUCUGGCGAUCGAAAAUUAGCUAAGCGUGUUAAAUGUGGAAAAGAAUACAAAACAAGUCGCGACACAAGUAUUUUUUUAGAUAAGCGGCAAGGCGUUACCGCCUAUGGACGAAUGUGCCAUUAAAUAUCUAUGUGUUCCAGCGACCUCAGUAGAGAGCGAGAGAAACUUUAGUGCUGCAGGGCAAGUCAU